UUUGUUGUGAGGGUCGGUUGUCAGGCAGCGGCCAAUCAGGGCAGGGGAUGGAGGCAAGUAAGGGUCGCGCCCGGGAGCGGAGCCUCGGCCUCGGGAGCCGCGGCUGCAGCCCAGUGUUGAGCUGAGAUGGCCCAAGCCUGACAUUCAUGAUCCAGGAUCCUACAUCAGCUGCUGCUGCUACUACUACUACUGUGGAUGAUUUAAGCCACCUGGCAGUCCAGGGCCAGGAGAGGCACUCCCUCUGCCUGGAUGUGUGGGAACUCCCUGCCAACUUGAUUGGUGGGUCUGGGGGGGAUCCACCCCCACCCCAAGAGGAAAAUACCCAUUUUGUGGGUAGAGCUUCAGGUGCCAGUCCCUGAAGGAUGGCCACUCCUGUGGUCACCAAGACGGCUUGGAAGUUGCAGGAGAUUGUCGCCCAUGCCAGCAAUGUGUCCUCUCUGGUGCUGGGAAAGGCCUCUGGGCGACUGCUGGCCACGGGAGGGGAUGACUGUCGCGUCAACCUGUGGUCUAUCAACAAACCCAACUGUAUCAUGAGCCUCACAGGUCAUACAUCCCCUGUGGAGAGUGUCCGCCUCAACACUCCUGAGGAGCUCAUCGUGGCUGGUUCCCAAUCAGGCUCCAUCCGUGUCUGGGACCUGGAAGCUGCCAAAAUUCUGCGCACACUCAUGGGACACAAAGCCAACAUCUGCAGCCUGGAUUUCCACCCUUAUGGCGAGUUUGUAGCCUCCGGUUCCCAGGACACAAAUAUCAAGCUCUGGGACAUCAGGAGAAAAGGCUGUGUCUUCCGGUACAGGGGACACAGCCAGGCUGUGCGGUGUCUGAGGUUCAGCCCUGAUGGGAAGUGGUUGGCAUCAGCUGCAGACGACCACACAGUGAAGCUCUGGGACCUGACUGCUGGCAAGAUGAUGUCCGAGUUCCCUGGUCACACAGGGCCUGUCAAUGUGGUGGAAUUUCACCCCAACGAGUAUCUCCUGGCCUCUGGCAGCUCUGACAGGACAAUCCGCUUUUGGGACCUAGAGAAGUUCCAGGUAGUGAGCUGCAUUGAAGGGGAGCCAGGGCCUGUAAGGAGUGUGCUCUUCAACCCCGACGGCUGCUGCCUGUACAGUGGCUGCCAGGACUCGCUGCGGGUGUACGGCUGGGAGCCCGAGCGCUGCUUUGAUGUGGUCCUCGUCAACUGGGGCAAGGUGGCUGACCUAGCCAUCUGCAAUGACCAGCUGAUAGGUGUGGCCUUCUCCCAGAGCAACGUCUCCUCUUACGUGGUGGACCUGACGCGUGUCACCAGGACAGGCACGGUGGCCCAGGACCCUGUGCAGGACAGCCGGAACCUGACCCAGCAGCUGCCCAACCCCAGCAUCCCUCUCCGUCGCAUCUACGAGCGGCCCAGCACGACCUGCAGCAAGCCUCAGAGGGUGAAGCACAACUCAGAGAGUGAGCGGCGUAGCCCCAGCAGUGAGGAGGAGCGGGAGGAGCGCGAGUCCCAGGCUGAGAUCCAGAAUGCCGAGGACUACAACGAGAUCUUCCAGCCCAAGAACAGCAUCAGCCGGACGCCACCCCGGAGGAGUGAGCCCUUCCCAGCACCCCCGGAGGAUGACACGGCCACGGCAAAGGAGGCCUCAAAGCCCAGCCCUCCCAUGGACGUGCAGGUUCCGGUGCCAAAUCUUGAGGUCCCAUCACGGCCCCCAGUCAUCACCCCCACACCAGCUCCCAAAAGUGAGCCUGCCAUCAUCCCUGCCACGAGGAAUGAGCCCAUUGGGCUGAAGGCCUCUGACUUCCUGCCGGCUGUGAAGAUCCCUCAGCAGGCCGAGCUGGUGGAUGAGGAUGCCAUGUCCCAGAUUCGCAAAGGCCACGACACCAUGUGUGUGGUGCUCACCAGCCGCCACAAGAACCUGGACACAGUGCGGGCUGUGUGGACCACAGGUGACAUCAAGACGUCGGUGGACUCUGCGGUAGCCAUCAAUGACCUGUCUGUGGUCGUGGACCUCCUGAACAUCGUCAACCAGAAGGCCUCCCUGUGGAAGCUGGACCUGUGCACUACAGUGCUGCCCCAGAUCGAGAAGCUCCUGCAGAGCAAGUAUGAGAGCUACGUCCAGACAGGCUGCACCUCCCUGAAGCUGAUCCUUCAGCGGUUUCUGCCCCUCAUCACUGACAUCCUGGCAGCCCCGCCCUCUGUGGGGGUUGACAUCAGCCGCGAGGAGAGGCUGCACAAGUGCCGGCUCUGCUACAAGCAACUCAAGAGUAUCAGUGGCCUCGUCAAGACCAAGUCAAGCCUGAGCGGCCGCCACGGCAGUGCCUUCCGGGAGCUGCACUUGCUCAUGGCCAGUUUGGACUGAGGAGCCCUGCAGGGGUAGGGGGGCGCCUGGCAGCCCCCAGUGUCUGCUACUACACUCCUGUUCCCUGUGUGCCACUGGCAGUGAGCCUCUGCCCCGUGCCCUUGGCUGUUCCUGGGGCUAGACUGGAGGCAACAGCACAGGCUACUGGCACCUCCACAGCCCUGAACUGAGACAACUUCCUCUCCAGCGAUGGCUGCCCAGCUUUGCCCAACUCUUGCUUCUUGGGACAGCAAACCGAGCUCUGGGGCUGCUGCUGUAAUUUAUAAGGUGAAAUUUAUUAAAUUUGUAACUAUUCCC